AUGCCGCCGGACCAGUUGAUGGUGAUGUCAAAGUCGCCGUCGACGAGCGAUAGCGAUGAUGUUGACGUCCUCGACUUGCAGGACGUGCUCCAGCGAUUCGGGUUUCAUACCAUCUGUAUGGUGGCGUUCGGGCACGACCUGCCCUGCCUCGCCGACGGCGGGGUCAUGGAGGAUGCCAGGUCGGAUUUCAUGCACUCCUUCGGCGAGGCGCAGAACCUUGUCGUCGGACGCUUCUUUGAUCUCAUCGAGGUCUCCUGGAAGAUCAAGAAGUGGCUCAACGUCGGCACCAUACGCCGUCUGAGGAAGGCCAUCGCCGACGUCCACACCUUCGCCAUGGACAUCGUCCGCGCCCGGCGCCAGAGCGCGUCCGUGCAAGACAGAGACGACGUCCUGUCGAGGUUUGUGGCGAGUGACGAGCACAGUGACGAGGUCCUCCGCGACAUCGUCCUCAGCUUCCUCAUCGUCGGCCGUGACACGACGGCGUCGGGGCUGAGCUGGUUCUUCUGUCUCUUGUCGUCCCGGCCGGACGUCGUGGCGCGCAUCGCCGACGAGGUCCGCGCGGUGAGGAAGCCGACCGACACACGCCUCGGCGAGCCGUUUCGGUUCGAUGCGCUCUGGGAGAUGCACUACCUCCAUGCCGCACUCACGGAGUCGAUGCGGUUGUACCCGCCGGCGUCAGUCAUUCUGAAUGUCAAGGCCGCCGCACUCCUUUAG